GGAGUGAAGAACGGUAAUACACAAACACACCAUCACAACACAGAGUGACAGUCUUGUGUUUUUAAAACAGCUCAAAGAUGAAAGUCAUUGACCUGGGUCCCGACCCGUCUCUGGUGUACCGACCCGAACUGCUGCCCGACAGCGACAAAGAGAAAUCUGACUUCAGAAACUUCCAGCGUGGAGACUUUUUGGACCGUGUGUUUAACACGUACAGACUGAUGCACACACACCAGACGCUGGACUUCGUCAGACAGAAGCAUGUGCAGUGGGCGGGUUGCACUCAUGCUCGUAUGACUGUGAUGGAGAGCAUCGAAUGUCUGGAUCAGCUGGUGGAUGAAUCCGACCCGGACGUCGGCUUCGCGAACUCCUUCCACGCUUUCCAAACUGCCGAGGGGAUCCGCAAGGUGCAUCCUGAUAAAGACUGGUUCCAGUUGGUCGGUCUCAUUCAUGACAUCGGCAAAAUCAUGGCCUUAUGGGGAGAACCUCAGUGGGCCGUGGUGGGAGACACGUAUCCUGUAGGCUGCCGCUUUCAGAACUCCAUCGUUUUCAGAGACUCAACGUUUGCAGAGAAUCCAGACAACAAGAACGACAUGCUGAACACAGACUGUGGCAUUUACAAGCCUCAGUGCGGCCUUGAAAACGUCCUGAUGUCUUGGGGACACGACGAAUAUCUGUACCAGGUGAUGAAGUUUAACAAGUGUCCGAUUCCUGAGGAGGGCCUGUACAUGAUCCGCUUCCACUCCUUCUACCCCUGGCACACACACGGAAACUACACACACCUGUGUAACGACAAGGAUCUCCGGAUGCUGGCCAGGGUCAAAGAGUUCAAUAAGUUUGAUUUGUACACUAAAAGCGCGGAGCUGCCUGAUGUGGAACAGCUGAAGCCUUAUUACCAAUCCCUCAUCGAUAAGUUCUGCCCAGGAGUCCUGUGCUGGUGAUCACGACCUCGCCGAGUAACUGUGUAAGACGCACUUAAAGCGGCGAUGUGUAACUCUCAGAGCCCCCUGCUGGCUUAGAGAGGAACUGCACUGACAAUGAAAAUGAACUUCACACAUUCUGCAGUGAGAUUCACUCUUUAGGACUGUGGGUGGGAUCGAGGAGCUCUUCUUUGGUUGGGGGCGGGGCUAAUUUCAGGGUCAGAAAAACGAUCAAUUCAAACCUGAAAUCGAUAAAUAAAAAUCAGAGAUCUGCUGUAGUGUAAUAUCACAAACUACAGUUUUUAAAAGUUGAUGUAUAAUGAUGGGAGCAUUGUGGGCUGAAUUGUAGAUUAGAUUUGAUUUCAUUCUUUAUUUUAUUUUACAAAGUGCAGCCUUAAAGAAUCAUGUAUAAAAAAAUUUUUUUUAAAUUUCAAUUAAUUUAUUUGGGUUUUUUUAUUUAAUUUAAUAUUAAUUCAAAUAUUAAUUUUAAAUAUGGCUUAAUUUAUACGACUUUAUGUCUCUGUAAUCUGUUUAUUUAUGCUGUGUAUUGAAGCAAGCAUAUAUUAUACAUACACAUGACCGUUUAAAAAAAAGUUUUUUAUGAAUAAAAUACACAAAAAAAACUUGUGUAAAGUAUCAUAUUCACACUUUAAACUUAUUUACUGAGAAGUUUUAUAAUAAGAGAGUGUGUAAUAAACACUAACAAUUAUA